CCCCAAGCAGCUCCUGUCGGGACCCGGGCUGAGGCUGCGGCAGCUGCGUGCAAGUGCGUCUGUGCAGGUGGGUGGCCGCGUCGGCCUCUCCCCGGUGCCUCGCUCGCGACUUUGGUCGCCUCAUCGCUCCUCUCGGCGGAGAGAACCGCAGAGCCCAGGCGGUCCGCCAUCCCCCCCCCCCCCGACCCGCGUCGCGCCUCUGCACAACCCCUCUGCUGUGCCCGCUCCUCGGGGCUGGCCUCCUGGGCAGCGUCGGGAGCCGGCCCUGGCGCCUCGGCCGCUGCCGGGGCACGCAGGCAUGGACCGCUAGGUGACGGCGGGGCGCCCGAGGAGGGACCUGGCACUCGGGACGGUGACGGGACUUAAACGGGCUACCGCGGAGGAGGACUGCGAACCGCGGCGGCAUCCCGGUCCCCAGCACAUUGGAGCGGAAGCACAUUGCCCGGGGCACCAUGACGCUGAGGCUCUUGGAGGACUGGUGCAGGGGGAUGGACAUGAGCCCUCGGAAGGCGCUGUUGAUUGCCGGCAUCCCCCAGACCUGCCUUGUGGCCGAGAUCGAGGAGGCGCUGCGCGCCGGGCUGGCUCCCUUGGGCGAGCACCGCCUGCUCGGGAGGAUGUUCCGGAGGGACGAGAACAGGACCGUAGCCUUAGUCGGGCUCACGGAGGAGACGAGCUUUGCCCUGGUCCCCAAGGAGAUCCCUGGGAAGGGGGGUAACUGGAGGGUGAUCUUUAAGCCCCCUGACCCAGACAACGAAUUUUUAAGCAGAUUAACGGCCUUCUUAGAAGGAGAGGGCAUGACCUUGGCUGAGCUGACCAGAGCUUUUGGGUAUGGAAACGACCCCUUUGACCUAGACCAGAACAUGAUCCCAGAAGUGCGGGCCCCCAUGCUGGCCCAGGCGUUAGACGAGGCCCUUCAGCCAGCCUUGCAGUACGUGAACUACAAAAAGCUGAGGGUGUUCUCGGGCGGCGAUCCUCCAGGGCCCGAAGAAGAAAACUUUGAAUCCUGGCUGUUCCAUACCACCCAGAUGAUGAAGACCUGGCAGGUGUCGGAUGCCGAGAAGAGAAGGCGGUUGCUAGAGAGCCUUAGAAGCCCAGCCUAUGAUGUCAUCCGUGUCCUCAAGAUAAGCAACCCUUUAAUUACGGUCCCCGAAUGCCUGAAGGCUCUUGAGCAGGUUUUUGGGGUUAUUGAUAAUCCUAGGGAGUUGCAGGUCCGAUACCUGAGGACUUACCAGAAGGAGGGAGAAAAGUUGUCUGCUUACGUACUCCGGUUGGAGCCGCUGUUACAGAAACUGGUGGAGAGAGGGGCAGUGGAGAGAGAAGUGGUGAAUCAGGCCCGCGUAGACCAGAUCCUUGCCGGAGCUGGGGACAAAACACUGCGCCGGCGGCUGCCUCUGCCCGAGGAUGGCUCAACCCCUGGCUUGUUCGAGCUACUGGAGCUGAUAAAGGAUGAAGAGGCAACGGAGGCAGAGGAAGAGGAGGCCCUUCUCCAGGCAGAAUUAUUAGAGGGACAUUUCACCUGAAUCUUAGGGGACUAGAAAAGGGACAGUGACAGUGAGCAGAGCAUGGAGGUAGAAUAAUCCAUAUACUACAGUGGUAGACAUUCACCCAGCCCUACCUUGUGAUGCCAAGUAACUCAUUUUUGCACAGUUCUCAGUACAAAUCCAUUGUCAUUUGUGUGCCUACUUAAGGUCUCCUAAGUGUAUCAUUGACUAGGAAGACUAGUUCUGCACUGGUAUUUAUAUAUUUAAAUUCAUUCUGGUGAGUUUUUUAUCAUACAAAACUGGACAAUAGUUUGUCACUGCAUAUGUGCACUGCUCAAAACUACAAAGUUCUAUCACUGCAUAUGUGCACUGCUCAAAACUACAAAGUUCUAUCACUGCAUAUGUGCACUGCUCAAAACUACAAAGUUCUAUCACUGCAUAUGUGCACUGCUCAGAACUGUACAAAAUUCUAUCACUGCAUAUGUGCACUGCUCAAAACCACAAGUUGCCGUAACCAGUUUGGCUCAGUGGAUAGAGGUCGGCCUGCGGACUGAAGGGUCCCACGUUCGAUUCUGGUCAAGGGCAUGUACCUUGGUUGUGGGCACAUCCCCAGUAGGGAGUGUGCAAGAGGCAGCUGAUCCAUGUUUCUCUCUAGUGGUGUUUCUCUCUAUCCCUCUUCCUUCCUCUCUGUAAAAAAUCAAUAAAAAAAAAUAUAUUUAAAAAACAAAAAAAAACACCACAAAGUUCUGUCACUGCAUAUGUGCACUGCUCUGAGGAAGGCAGGGGUAAGACCUGAUCUUACAGAGAUGUCAGCUUGUGUGGUAGCAGGUGCAAGUGUAGCAUGUCAAAUGUGAUUAUGUAUCAGCUUGUAGGUGUCUGUUGCCCUCCCUUUAUCAUGAUUGUGAACAGUGGUUAAGAUAUUUUCUGUGUGAACCAGAAUUUUGUUGAUUCUGUGCAAUCAAAACAAGAGACAGAACUGAAUGCUGAGGUUAACUUUGCAGCUUCCGUCUCUAACCUCAGGUUCCUGAUGUGCAUCAUCAUACAUCUAGUUCUGAAUAUCAUUUUAAUAGGUAUUAUAAAAUUAUAAGUAUGACCUUAUAAAAUAAAGGAAUGCUGAUAAAAUGA